GUGACCAAGCAAAAGACCAACGCAGAGUUUAUCAAAGAGUGUACCGCAAAACACGAUGGCUUCUACGACUACUCCAUCACCCAAUACACUGUUUGGAACGCGAAGAUAAAUACAUAUGUCCAGCUCACGGUGUCCAAGAGCAGGGCGCUCAUGAUCAUCGCCGUGGUAGAGGCUGUGGCAAAUGUGGGAGAAAGAAACCGAAAAAGGCGUUCCUUUACGACACCCAGAAGUUCGUUGAGGUUUGCAAUCGCGUGCACAACUCCCGAUACGACUACUCAAACACUGUUCACGCGUCCUACCUCGCAAAGGUUAGCAUCCGUUGCAAAAGUCAUGGGGAGUUCACUCAGGUCGCUGGUUACCAUUUGAGUGGCAACGGCUGCCCACAAUGUGGCAAUGCGUCACGUAAGGGCCGCGGACAACCCUCGAUGCCGCUCACUAAAGACAUGUUUUUAUUUCGUGCCGGUGAGGUUCACGGAGACACCUACGACUAUGCAAGCGUGGUUUACAAUCAAAAACACAUCGGCGUAACGAUCACUUGCAAGUCUCAUGGACCGUUUGUCUGCAAACCACGUAAGCACUUGGAAGGCGUCGGUUGCCCAACAUAUGUAAAUUCCGAUGAUUUUGUCGCAAGUGCUUCUGCAUUAUAUCUGGGCAAAUUCGAAUAUGACCGAUCCUCUUACGAGAAUGGAAAGACAAAGAUGCGUAUCACCUGUCAGGCACAUGGAGAUUUCUGGCAGAUGCCAGGAGAUCACAUCAGGGAUCGCAACGGUUAUCACUGCUACAUUUGCUUCCUCGAAAGCAAGCGGGUGACGCGUGAAGAAUUUAUCACCAGGUCGAAGGCGAUAAAUGGUUCUGCUUACGAUUUCGAUAAAGUAGUUCUCGGAUCCACUUUACACGAUCUCGUUACAAUAUUUUGUAUCAAGUGCCAAAAGCAUCUCCCUCAAAAGGCGAUCAACCAUCUCCAGGGCAAUGGGUGCACAACGUGCUGCGAGCCUCAAAACGAAAAAAAGAUUUGUACGUGGUUGGAAACUACGACCCACGUCUUUGAGCAGCAAAAGGGUUUUCCAGGUAUGAAACAUUUGCUGCCGCUAAAGUGCGAUUUCUACCUUCCUCAAUACAAUUUUGUCGUCGAAUUCGACGGUAUACAACGCUUCGAGCCAGUGAAAGUAUUUGGUGGUGAAGAAAAGUUUGCUCUCAACCAAACGCGCGAUAAGAUCAAAAACGAAUACUGCGUGGCUCAUCGCAUCAAUCUGCUCAGACUCAGAGAUGGCCAGAAUAUCAUUACUGAGCUUCAAACAACCAUCGAUAUCAUAUGA